GUGGGUCAGCCGGUGCUGGGAGCCUGUUGCUGCUGCGCCAGACAGUUCUGGGCAAGGCACUUGGAGUAGCGAUGCGUGGGGGAAUUAGGGAAAUAAUCUGUCGCUGUUGAUCCCAGAGGCGGGAAUUUGCAGCGUGGUGCCAGGCCCCAGGCACGGAAGAGGGGGAGAACCAGGCCAGCGGACGUGUGAGCGGAGCUCCCGGCUGGAAUGCACCAGCUCAGCAAGGGAUUGUCCUCGCCGGGCCGGGCGGGUGCUGCGCCCGGAGCCUGGUGGCCGUGACAGCUGCCCGGAGCAUGGCGGCCGCAGAGAGCCCCUCCGCUGCCCUGCAGCGCCGCGACCUCUGCAGCCGCGGCAUCCGCCUGGCCGGCAAGAUGCGCGCGGAUGUCGCUGACCUCCUGGACGCCUACGUGGAGCAGCAGGGCUUGGACGCCUCGGCCAGCGUGGCGGCAAUGGAGGGGGUGCCGCUGGCGGCGGUGGAGCGCUGGGACGAGCAGACGGGCACCCAGCGGCUGCUGGAGAACCUGGCGGCCUACCGGGCCUUCCGCGCCCUGCUGGCCCAGAUGCUGGAGGAGCAGCGGGAGCAGCUGGGCGAGGCCGACGCGGGCCUGGGCCGGGCGCUGGCGGCUGUCCUGCUCCAGGUCUCGGCCUUUGCCUACCACCUCGAGGAGCUGCUGCGGCUGGAGAGCCGCGGGAUCCCCGGCGAGGAGGAGGACGGGCCGCCGCCGCCGCCGCGCCUCAGCCUCUUCGAGCAGAAGCUGCGGGGCCUAGGCGUGCUGCGGGAGCUGGCCCAGUGGGCCGUGAGGUCCGUGCGGGACCUGCGGCAGCUCGCCAAGCCCAGCCCGGCCACCGGCCCAGCCCCCGGCCUGGCCGAGAGCCCCUGAAGGCGAGCACAGGGUGGGGGGUCUUGGGUGCCCCUGGGGCUCCUUCCCACCCUCUCAGAGGGCAGCUGAGAGCGAAGGAGGGGACGUGGAGGGGAGGGACCAUGCCAUUAAUCCCCAUGCUUUUAAUGCUGCUCCCCGUGGGGAAAGGAGGCACAGGCUGCAGUCUACCCUAGAGGGAGCAGGGAUCCGCAGGGGUCCUUGGGCUCUUCCUGCUGGGCAGUUGAAUUAUCCCCCAGGAAGCAGCUUUGCUGCUCACCCCAGGGCCUAGAGGUGUGAACAGGGCACUGCCCUUCUCUUUGGAAUUUGGACGCUGCCUAUGGCAAGCAGAUGCUGCCUUGGGGCUCUUGUGGAUGCAGGGCAGGGACCAAGGGACAGAAAAGCAUCACCUGGUGAAAGGAGUCUUGUGACCUGCCUCCCAGCUGCAAGGCACAAGGCUUGGCCUCCUGCACGUGGACUCUCCUGCUGCCCAGCUUGGUUGGCUGCUCAUUGAAUUUCUGCUCUAGCUGCUUGGGGGCUUUUUGGGGAGGGGGGGAAGCAAUCAGGAGGGGGAAUUCUCAAUUGCUUGGACAUGAUAAUGGAGAGGAUCUUUUAACUGAAAGGGGAUCUUUUAGCUGUGAUUCAGAAGCCCCUCUGCAAGGGGGUUAGUGCCUGCAGGGCUUAUUUUAGGACUGGGAAUGGCAUGGGAGAAUCUAACAGCCCCAACCACUUAGUUCAUCCUGUGGAGUGCUGGGAUGUUUCACAGCUUCCUGGACCAUGGUUCUCCUGCCGACUGAAUGUGAUGGCUGCCAUGUGAAUAAAAGGGCUGGGAGAUCUACCAGGGUGAUGUACUUCUUGGGGGAGGUGGGACAGCUCACCAGAGAGGCUGGGCUGCCCAGUUCCCACUCCAGGGAAGGGUCCAUCCCAGCGGGGUGAGAGGUUUGGGGGGAUGUGACCCACUGGGAAGUCAUGGGGAAGAUGAGCUGGGGAUGAAGGAGAUGGUGGGAGGAUGAAGAGGAGAUGGUGGGUGGAUGUGCCCUGUCCUGGUGUGGCCUUGCCUUCUUCCCUGGCCUGUGAGAGGACAGGCAGCAUGGGGGGAGACCGGGGCCACGAGCAGGGAGGAGGCUGGGGACAUGCCCGGCCGGCUCUGCACAAAGCGGCUUUGUGGUGGCAGGUUGGGACAGCAGCGGGCACAGCGCCUGCCCCAGCACCAGCAGCCUCUGCACAGGCACGGGGGCUCUGGGAGACAAAGAGCAGCCCGAGGCUGAGCCCCCAGUGCCAUCCUGCCCACCCCACAGGGCCGCAGGGUUGGGGCAAGGGUGGUUUGAUGGGGUUUGGAUUUUUAUCGGUGAUGCCUGAGAGGAAGAACCUGCACCUUCUUCAUUGCCACUUACUGCCUGCCCUCAGCUUUGCAGCUCAGACUGGAUUAUUUCAAUCUUUAUGCUUCCCUGCACUGGGGAAUAACAAUUUAUGGCCAUUAUUUUUUUCAGGAUUAGUCAAACCAAGUCCCUUUUCUGACAAGUAUUUUUCUUGCUUGCUGCUGUGUACUUGAAGCCACCUUGCUCUUCUCCCCUUGCACCCUCCAGCUCAGCAGUGGCCGGGUGCUCACACCCUCCUCGCCUUCCCGGGGGUGGGCAGGGACAUCUGGAGUGUGUCCUUGAACCUCACCACCCGACCAGGUGGGAACAGACCUCUUUUCUCCAGCAGCACAGGCUGGGUACGAGGUGACCUUCAGAUCCAGGGGAGCUGGCCAAGGCUGCAACCCGAUCCUCCCACAUCAGCUGCUGGCAGAGCUGAGCUCCGUGCUGCACUUGCACUCCAGGGUGAAAGCAGCAAUGGAGACCCAAGGUGGACAAUGGUGUUGCCCCAGGGAUUUCCCUGGGCUUUUGCAACCUUCCUUACUCCUUCCCUGUUACCUUGCCAGCUGGGUGCACCUGCAUUUGUGGAGCAGCCACCACGCUCAGGAAUGGCCACCCUACCCAGAAACAACGGGAAAAAGCAAGCCACUAAUCCAAACCUCCACGCUUUGGCUGAGUGAGAGGCUCCAGCUCCCGGCCUUUCCCUGCCAGCCAGCCCCCGCCAUGCCGUGCAGAGGCGGUGACGUCUGAGCUGGCUGGGAUUUAAUGCUAUUUUUCAGCUGCAGCCCUGAGGGAAUCACCAGUGGAGUGAUUUGGCGAGGACAAGGGCGCCCAACAGCUGAGCUCCCCUGGUGCCAGGAGGCCCUUGGAUUUGCUUUGCCGUGGAUUGAAGUGAAAUUGAUCCGAGUGGCUGAAGGCAGAUGAGGCUGUUCAUUUUGGAAUCAGAAAUUAGGAUUUUGAGGGGAGGACAGUUGUACCCGCGUGGUUAAUGCUGCUGAGGACCCCUGCAAUGGCUUCCUGCAAACUGAGAUCCCACCAAAACCAUCCUGCUUUGUGCUUUGGGAAGAGAGAAGGGAUUUGUAGUGCUGCUGGGAACAAGG